AUUCCAGCCACUGAGCAGCAGGGGGCGGUAUGGCGCAUCAACUCCGUCUGAAACGCAGAAGAAGAAAAGACAGCAGUCAGCUUAGAUUAGCCUGUUAGCUUGGAAGCUAACCGCUUUGCUAUGAAAGUUCUUCUGUGAAACGGUGCGUUGCCCUGGGCGAUGGCUCUGAUUGAAGGCGUUGGAGACGAGGUGACGCUGCUCUUCAGCUCUCUGCUGCUGCUGAUGGUGCUUCUGCUCGCCUGGAUCUCCACCCGCACCUCAGAGCCCCCAGAACAGCUGUUCACUUCUUCCACAGUCCCCGCGGCUGCAGAAAGGACCGCCUCCUCCCUGCAGGACACGCCUCUCUCCUCCACCAGCAGCAGCUCAGCAUCCUCGUCAUCAUUGGCCACCAGCUCUGUGAGCGACAGCUCUCCAUCUGAGGCUCUGCCCACCAGUGCCUCCCCCCAUGAGGAGGAGGAGUCUGAGGGAAGAGGCGGGGGGAGGACACAAGGAGAGAGUCAGAGGAACAUGGUGGUCAGACUGAAGUUCCUCAACGACACGGAGAGAACGGCUCAGGUCCAACCGCAGGAUACCAUCGGGUACAUCAAACGAACCUACUUCGCGGGCCAGGAGCAGCAGGUGCGGCUCAUCUAUCAGGGUCAGCUGCUGCAGGAUGACGCACAGACUCUGGCCUCCCUGAACCUGGUCCAUAACUGCGUCCUGCACUGCCAUAUCUCUCAAAAUGCUGCACAGGGGGCGGCGGGGGGCCCACGGCCCGGUGACCAGGUGCAGGUGGCUCUGAAUGUGGGCAGCCUGAUGGUUCCGCUGCUGGUUCUGAUGCUGUCAGUGCUGUGGUACUGUCAGAUCCAGUACCGACAGUUCUUCACUGCCCCUGCCACGGCCUCGCUGGUCGGCAUUACCAUCUUUCUCAGCCUGGUGGCCUUUGGAGUCUAUCGCCGUUAGCUGCUCUCCGAUUGGCCGAGAGACGCUGAUAAUGGUUGAUGUUUGAUUCUGUCGCCAUGGAGAUCUUGAGUGUAACAAGGACAUUAAUUUUUAUUUUUUUAGAUCCUGUUUCUCUGUAAGUUUCUCAUCACUGAGCCUCUUUGCGCGCCUGAGGAAGCUCACCUGUCUGUUUCACAGCUGUUACCUGUCUGUCUGGAGGGGAGAAAGCUUACUUUCAUUUCAGCUUCUGAGGAGAAUAAAUGAUUAAUUUAU